CUGUCCCAAGUAGGGCAGGCCGCAGCCCCAUUGGCCAGCGGAUCGUACUUCCGCUUGGCUGACGGGCGCAGUGGAACUUGCGUAUUGAGGGGAGGGGAAAGAGACUGAUAUGGCGGUGCUGGCUGCAGUGGGUUGUAGGCCGUGCUGCAGAUGGGUGCCGGCCUUGCUGUGGGAGAGGCCGUGUCGUCUUCAGCACCAGCAAGCAACGGCCCAGUCUGACUUGCCUAUAGAAAUGGAGAAUCCCUAUAAAGAGCCUCCUAAAAAGUGUAUCUUAUGUGGAAUAAAUGUGGACUACAAGAAUGUGCAGCUUCUGUCCCAGUUUGUUUCUCCAUACACUGGCCGCAUUUAUGGCAGGCAUAUAACAGGCUUGUGUGAUAAGAAGCAGAAAGAAAUUUCAAAAGCCAUAAAAAGAGCUCAUAUACUUGGAUUUAUGCCAGUUAUGUUUAAGAACCCAUCAUUUCUUACAGACCCCAAGAUUUGUAAUAUUAAGUAUUGAGAGUAACAUACUGUAAAGAAAUAAAAAUAAAACAAUGUCAUGGUUAAUAGUUCUUUA